CCAGAGCGGUCGGUUGGUUUUUCUUCUCAGCGCACGAGUCGCGCUCGAGCGGCCCGCGCGGUUGCUUGCUGCAGGAACCAGCUCCAGGCGCUGGCGCCGGGGCCGCGGGAAGGAAGCGACUUCGCUCUGCAGCCGCGGGCGCGGUCCGGGGCACCGCGAGCCUCCAGGCUGCGGCCUCUCUGCCCGGUAGGCGGCGCGGGCCACCGAAGACCCAGCAAUACCGAAUGCUUCACAACCUCCGGAGAUCACCUAGCAACCUUCCUUAGGAAUUCUGUCUGGUCCUGAUUAGAAAUCUGGAGUGAAGGCCCCAAGAUUGAUGAGUUUGCCUUGGGAGUCAGAGAAAAGGUGAAACCAAAGGUCAUCAUGGGUCAGAAGGUCACGGGAGGGAUCAAGACUGUGGACAUGCGGGACCCCACAUACCGACCUCUGAAGCAGGAGCUCCAGGGUCUGGAUUAUUGCAAGCCCACCCGGCUGGACCUGCUGCUCGACAUGCCCCCCGUGUCCUAUGAUGUCCAGCUGCUCCACUCCUGGAACAAUAAUGACCGCUCGCUCAAUGUCUUCGUGAAGGAAGAUGACAAGUUGAUCUUUCACCGGCAUCCGGUGGCCCAGAGCACAGAUGCUAUCAGGGGCAAAAUCGGGUACACACGUGGACUGCACGUGUGGCAGAUCACAUGGGCCAUGAGGCAACGAGGCACACAUGCUGUGGUAGGCGUGGCCACGGCAGAUGCCCCUCUGCACUCUGUUGGCUACACAACCCUUGUAGGAAAUAACCAUGAGUCCUGGGGCUGGGACUUGGGGCGUAACCGUCUCUACCAUGAUGGCAAGAACCAGCCAAGUAAAACGUACCCAGCCUUUCUGGAACCAGACGAGACAUUCAUUGUCCCUGACUCCUUUCUUGUGGCCCUGGACAUGGAUGAUGGGACCCUGAGUUUCAUUGUGGAUGGACAGUACAUGGGAGUGGCUUUUCGGGGACUCAAGGGUAAAAAACUGUAUCCUGUUGUGAGCGCCGUCUGGGGCCACUGUGAGAUCCGCAUGCGCUACUUGAACGGUCUUGAUCCUGAGCCCCUGCCGCUCAUGGACCUGUGCCGGCGUUCGGUGCGCCUAGCUCUAGGAAAGGAGCGCCUGGGCGCGAUCCCCGCUCUGCCGUUACCUGCCUCCCUCAAGGCCUACCUCCUCUACCAGUGACCCACAUCCCAGGACCGCCACAUGACAGCCACCUGGUGCCAACUCGCCGAGCCGUCAGGGUCCACCAACCCCUGCGCCUGGGAUGGAUACCUACCCUCAGCCACGGGCAGACGUAUCUUCAUCCUGCCAGCUGCCUCUGCUAGGUGGACCAAUGCCAAUGGACUUCUCUCCUCCCUUCCCAACACUGGCUGAAGCAGCAGUAUCCAGGCCCUUCCCAGAACCAGAUGCAGAGAAUAAACUUCUAAGAAAGCCUCUGUUGGGCCCUUGUCUGCUCUCACAUGGAGUGAGCUGCUCCCCACCCUGUGGAGAGUCUGCAGCCACCUGGGGGGUCCUGGGAAGUGAGAUUAGUGGGAGAUGCCAGGGCUCCAGGGCAGAUUGCGAAAGCAGGAAUGGCCAGGACAAGGCCACACAGAUGAAGCUCAGGAUGUCACAAGCCAUGGACACUGAGACAGAGCCCCAGGUUGGACCUCUCUCGGGCCAGUGAGUGCCUGGCUUCAGUGCCCUCUGUCGGUGCUCCGUGCCCUGUAUUUAUUCUGUAAACAGUAACAGCGGCCACUUAUUUAUUCCGUUUAGAAAGGAAAGCCCCCUUGCUGUGUUCUGUUGCCCCCUACCACCUGCCACCUCCCUGGAAUGUGUGUGCCACACCUGUCCCCUUUCCUGAGACAUGCCUGCGGCAUAUGAACUGUCGUGCACCCACACAAGCGUGACAUUGUGUAGAUCCCUUGACUCAGUUUCCACAGGGUUCUGCAUCAACACCAGAGCAGGCCCCAAGGAGAAUUAGGACUGUGCGAGUCCAUAUCCCCAGGUGCUGCUCACCUCGGGCAUGCAUACAUCAUUACACAAGUUUCAGUCUCUUGUCUUCCAUGAGCUUGGAAUUUCACAACCGAUUUUUCUGGUGUUUUCUGUUGGCAUCCUCAGAGCUCUGGGCCUCUAGGGGGGAGGGGUAGUGAGGUUUCCAGCCCCUGGGAACGCUAUAGGCAAAGCAAGAUGAGGGAAACCGCGAGCAGGGCGGGGCAUCAUGGAAGCCAGUGCCUCUCAGGCUCAGGAGCCGCGUGGAGCAGCAUCCAUCAUGACCCCCAUACGCCCUCAGGCCUCAGGAGUGGAGUGUAGGCCGUAGCAGGCGAUGAAUGCCUGUCCCAGGCAGCACCCAGGAGCAUUCCCGCACCUGAUCCUCCUCUCUCGUCCUUUUCUUUUACUUUGAAAUCAACUCCCUAACUUGGGAGAGUAGCCCAGUUGGUAGAGUGCUUGCCUAGCACGCAGGAAGCUCAGGUUCCAUCCCCUGUACCAAGGAAAAUCAGGCAUGGUGAAACACCCGUGAUCCCAGAACUCAGGAGGUGGAGGCAGGAGGACCAGGAAUGCAGCUACAUCCUGAGUCUGUGGCCACCCAUUGCUAUGUGAAACCCUGUCCUUAAAGAGAGAGGAAGGAAGGAGAGAGAGAGAGAGAGAGAAUAAGAGAGAGAAGAAAGGAAAGAAACCAACUCCCAUCGAGUCUGAGAUCUGCUCAUUUCUGCACAGGUACAAUAGAUGACUUUAUGUUGAAAAUGUUUAAUAUAUUUACAUAUAUAUAUUUGUAAGCAUUGUUUUAAGCAGCUGCUGUAGGGUACCUUUUUUUUUUUUUUUUCUUUAGUCUUCUGGUGAAAUAUAAAUUCUAAAGCACAAAAUUGGUGCCAAGACUAGAUAAAGAAUGUAAAUUAUUCUCUUCAUAUUUUGAAGUUUUGGGGGGUUUUUGCUUGUUUUUUUUGUUUUGUUUUUCCUUUUGGGGCCUUGUCAGAUUGUAAAAUUUUACUUGUUCCCAUUUUGGAGUAGAUCAUAUUCAACUGUACAGCUCCCUGCUCUUCAUCUUGAUCCAGCUGUACCCCCAUGGAUGCUGGUGAAUUUACAGCUCUCCUGAACCCCAUAUUCCAUCACCCGCGGGACUCGCCGCCCCUCCCUGCUGUCCCGGCAGCAUAAAGCCUUAUGGCAUGUAUAGUUUUGAAAGCCCCGUUCUGUUCUAUUUUAUGAUGAUUCAUAACAGUAACCUAAUAAAGGAAAGUUUGUUAAAAUAUGAAA